AUGAGUGGAUUAGGGAAGAACGUCACCUUGAAGUUAUUCACAGAAGCUCAAGGUCAUCCUUUGACAGUUGAAUUAAUAACGGGGGACACAUACAAAGGAAAAUUAUUGGAAAAUGAAGAUAACAUGAAUUUAACUUUAUAUGACGUAGAGAUUACUAAGAAUGGAACAGGUCAAACUAGUCAUAAGAAACAAGUUUUUGUAAGAGGUUCCAUGGUAAGGUUCAUUUCAUUACCUGAUCAAUUAAAAGCAUCACCAUUAUUAACCAUGAAAUCUACUCCAAGACCCAAAGCUCCAUUGAGAGGUCCACCACCAAAACGAGCCAGAUACUAA